AUGGCGGGACUCGCCGUAUAUGCGGCCAUCGUCGCUGCUAUUGCCAUCUCUAUUCGCAUCUUCUACCUUCGACUCUUGCCCAGACCGAUAUCAGGGGGACCUCCAUACAACCUCGAUUCUUCCAAACGAAUCCUCGGAGAUGCGCCAUACUUCAUCGAACUCGAGAAUGCGGGCGAAUACUGGCUCAAGUUUUUCACGCAGCUGCUCACGAAGCACAACACCCCAAUUGCCCAAUUCUUCCCUGGACCUUUCGACAGGACCCAUAUCGUCAUUGCUGAUUAUCGCGAGGCUCGCGACUUGAUGUCGAAGCGGGGCAAGGAUCUCGGUCGUGGGGUUACCAACGACAUAACAUGGAACAGCGUGAUUCCGGGCCACUUCAUCUCCAUGGAAGAUUCGCAUCCUUCUUUCAAGGACACCAAAUUCCUGACUAAAGAUCUCAUGACACCAAGCUUCUUACAUGGGGUGUCGGCACCAGCUUCACAUAAAAUGGUUCACAAAUUCAUAGAGCUGUGGAAAACUAAAGCCGCCAUCGCUAAUGGCCGGCCGUUCGAGGCCGAUGCUGAUCUCGAGGCUUUUACCUACGACAUCAUGAACGCUGCGGCUUUUGGCACCUCUGUGGAAGAUAGCUACACUAAUGAGAGACUCGUGUUGCUUCCCUCGCAAAACGGAUCCGAAGCGCCCAAGUCUGAUGCCGCACAAAUUGCAGAGUUCCCGAAGAACUUCCCGCCACAUCUCCUAUUCGCCCUGAACACUCUCAACGAGAGAAUUAACGGUGCCUUCCGCGCACUCAUCCCCAAGCUCUUCUUUCUCUACGACAACAAUCGACCGACUAUCCGUCGGGCAUUUGGCUUGAAGAAAAGCAUUCUCCAGUCUCACAUCGACCGCUCCGUCGCGAAAUUGUCCAGCAGUAAUAGCUCAAAGGAGGAAUUUGCCUCGGCAGUGGACUAUAUCGUCUCGCGUGAGAUUUCAGCGGCAAAUGCCGCAGGCCGAGAGCCAGUCUUCAACUCGGCAAGGAUCCACGAUAUGAUCUGGGGCUACCUCGUCGGCGGGCAGGAUUCUACGCACAGUACGCUCUGCUUCACGGUCAAAUACCUAGGCAUUCACCAGGACAUUCAGUCCAAGCUACGAGAGGCGUUGCGGCUUGCAUACCCAGAUUCAGUUGCAGAGAAGCGGGAGCCUACAGUCGACGAGAUUACCAAGACUCACGUCCACUACCUCGAUGCAUUCAUUGAAGAGACUCUGCGUCUGAGCAGCCCCGCUGGAGCCAUAAUGAAGGAGACGCUCGUCGACAUGGACAUGUUUGGGUAUCGCAUACCCAAGGGAACACCGCUUGUCUUUCUCUUGGCGGGGCCAACGGUCUCAGAAGCCGGUGCGAAAGUCGACGAGGCGAAGCGUAGCGAAACAUCGCAAAAGGUCGCCAAUGAGGGUGUCGGAGAUUGGGCGCUGACCGAAUACCCUCCAGAAGAACUUCACCCAGAACGCUGGUUACAGCCUGACGAGAAGGGCGAAAUCGUGUUCAACAACAGAGCUGGCCCGUUUAUGAGUUUCAGUUACGGUCCGCGAGGAUGCUGGGGCAAGAGACUGGCGUACAUGGAGUUGAAGCUGAUUAUUACACUCUUGGUUUGGAACCUGGACUUUAUGGGGUUGCCUGCUGGGUUAGAGGAUGAUGCGCUUCUUGAGGGCAUAUUCACGAAGCCCAAGUCAUGUUUGGUGAAACUAGGAUUAUGA